AUGCGAGUUAACCUCUCCUUCUUACUCUUCAUAUCUGGCCUUGGCUCAGUACAAGCCAGCACAUCGUUUGGGCCAGGCCGACAAGCAGUCAAGCAAUUCAAGCAUCCGGGUUCACUACACACACAAGGCGACCUCGACCGUAUUCGGGGACACGUAGAAAAGGGUGACGAACCAUGGUCCAAAGCCUUCGCCCAUCUAUCGGCCAAUUCGCUCGCACAACCGACUCGCGAACCGAAUCCCAAGACGGUCAUUGUCCGAGGAAAAGUAGACGGUCUUACCGAGAACUAUCCGAGUGCCUAUCGUGAUGCGCACUCGGCCUACCAGCUAGCUUUGCGGUGGAUCAUCACUGGCAACACUACAUUUGCAACGGCUGCCGUGGGGGUCUUGGAUGCCUGGGCAUCUACCCUGGAAGGCAUCGAUGGAGGUAGUGACAAGUUCCUAGCAGCGGGAUUGUACGGUUAUCAGUUCGCCAACGCCGGAGAGCUACUUCGAUCCUUCUCGGGAUGGCCCGCGAAGAGCCAAAGUGCCUUCGGCGCCAUGCUAAAGAAUGUUUUCGCACCUAUGAACCGAGACUUUCUUGAUCACCACAAUGGCAUACCUGACCACUAUUAUGCGAAUUGGUAUUUGUGCAAUAUUGCUUCUUUGAUGGCUAUCGGCACCUUUGUUGAUAACUCUACUAUGUACAAUUACGCAGUCGAGUACUUCAAAAAUGGCCCAGCGGACGGCGCAGUAGCCAAUGGUGCACUUCCCUUUUUCUCCAUUGCCAAUUUCACUGAGGAAACCUCCGGAAAACCCCUGAUGCAGGGACAGGAGGCAGGUCGAGAUCAAGGCCACGCUUUGCUUUGCUUCGCCCUUCUGGGGGUGAUUGGGCAGCAGGGAUACAAUCAAGGAGUGGACCUUUUCAACCUGUUCGGCAACCAGAUUCUCAAUGGUGCUGAGUAUGCCGCCAAGUACAACACUGGUCACUCUGUUCCUUUCAAGCCCUACAAUACUUACGAGGGGGUUCGAAACGAAAUCUCCGAUGCACAGAGAUAUAACAUACGCCCAGGAUUUGAGGCAAUCUAUUCGCACUAUGCAGAACUGAAAGGUCUUGACGCAUCAUGGUCAAAGGCAUACCGAGACAUGGUGAAUGGGAACUCAACGGAGAACAUUGAGGGAGGUGGUGGUGACUUCGGACCAAAUUCAGGAGGGUUCGACGUCUUUGGCCAUGGUACGUUGCUGUACAGACUCAAGGCUUGAUGGUGCCAGGACACCUUCUAUGCUGC